GCCUCGUCUGCUAAGAAAACGCUGUUUUUAAAGGGAAACCAAGGUUGUUGAGGUCUGUGGUGGGCAUAGCAGGUUGAAGGUUGCUGCUGGCUGCAGGGCCCUGUGGAGCAGAAGAGCUGUGCCAUUCCCCCUUUUUUCCUCUCAUGUCCCCCCCUGUGUGUUUCCCUGUGUGUUAGUGACCCCGUACCCCCACCCACCCCCCCCCCAAUCCCCCCUGUCGUGUCGCCACUCCAGCCCGAAGCCCCCCUCUCACCCCAUGCUUGGGACAAAGCCAGCUCACUGCCAGCCCAAUGACUGCCUGGAUCGUCCUGCCUGUCAGCCUGUCUGCCUUCUCCAUCACAGGAAUAUGGAUUGUGUAUGCCAUGGCUGUGAUGAAUCACCACGUUUGUCCUGUGGAGAACUGGUCUUACAAUGUAACGUGCACAGAAGAGCUGCCCCGACCAGGCUUUCCCAAGACAUGCUGCACCAUCCAGGACAUCCCCCUCAUCAGUAAAUGUGGCUCCUACCCUCCUGAAAGCUGCCUGUUCAGCUUGAUCGGCAACGUUGGAGCCUUCAUGGUGGUGAUGGUGUGCCUUCUGCGCUACGCCCAGGUGAUAGAACACAGUCACCGAUGCUGGGUCAACACCAGCGCUCUGGUGUCCGGCUGCACCAACGCCGUGGGCCUGGUUAUGGUGGGGAACUUCCAGGUUGAUCACGCCAAAUCUCUACACUAUGUGGGUGCCGGUGUGGCAUUUCCAGCAGGGCUGCUGUUUGUGUGCCUGCAAUGUGUGCUCACCUACCGAGUGGCUGUGACCGCCCUCGACUACUGGAUGGCCCAUUUCAGAGUGGCUCUGGCACUGGGAGCCAUGGUCUCCCUCGUCCUUAGCGGCAUCUUUUUCAUCCAUGAGAGUUUCGUCCUGCAGCACGCUGCUGCCAUCUGCGAGUGGGUCUUCACCGUGGACAUCUUGGUCUUCUACGGCACCUUCACCUACGAGUUUGGCACUGUCACCAGCGAGACCAUGAUGGCAGGCCUGCAGCAGAGCCAUCACCACGGCUCAGGAGUUAUCAUAGGCCCCAGGGCCCGGGGCUCGACAAUGAGCGGGGCAACCAAGGGCCUCAAGUCCCCCGGAGGAAGCAGCACAUCCACACAUCUCAACUGUACCCCGGAGAGCAUAGCUAUGUUGUAGCUCUGCAUCGCUGCCCAAAGGUCUAACAUGUCACUGCAGAGGUGCUAAUGGGCUCCCACAGGAAGGCAAGAUGACACAGGCAGUAGUGGAGGAAGAGGUCUGAUAUCUUUAAGUAUUGAACCGACACCAGGUUAUCCCAUCUGUAAUGCUGUACUAUCUUAUAUUUUUCUCCAAUUUUGGUGCAAGCCACUGCAGUCAGAUGUCCUGUAGCGAUGUUGAAUGGAGGCUGAAUGUGUGGAGCCAGUUCGAGUACUGGAGCCAUGAAUGUUUUCCAAGAUUGCUGUUGAUUUGGGCACUUGUUCACAGGACUCGGUUGUUUCCUAAACACUUAGUUCUUUUCUUUUUCUAAUUGUGCACCACUUGUGUGCCCACAAAGCAGCCCCCCCACCCCACCCCACCCCCGGCCAAACAUUCCUUCAUGAACUACCCAACACUUUGUGUGGCCCUCCUGUUUUGGCCUUUUGCUUGUCUCUGCACGGCACACUUUUUGAAUGAGAGAAUAACAAUUUAUGUUUGAAUUUUGAAUUUGCAUAGUAAGUAGAAAAUAUUGAAUGUUUGAGAAGUGAAUAGUUAUGUAUGUUUUACAGGCUGUAAGCACAUGGCCUUUUUAAAAUCAAUCAAGCAUAAAUUAUCCGUCAAAUGAUCGGCAAAAAUCAUUUCACUAGAUGGUUAUAUUUGGUUGCACAGAUGAUUUUGACUGCAAAUUUUGAUGGUAUUUUGAGUCAUUUAACAAAAUGUAUAUGUAUAUCUUGAGCCACUAUCAGUCUUGAAAUCAUAGUCCAUGUCAUUGACAUCUGAGUACAACCCGGCUGUG